GAGAGCUGCUGUGAGCCCCCGUGCUGUGAGCCCCGCUGCUGUGAGCCCCGCUGCUGUGCCCCGGCCCCCUGCCUGAGCCUCCUCUGCGCCCCAGUGAGCUGUGAGCCCUGCCCCUGCCCAUCUGCCUGCACCAGCUCCUGCACGGCCUUGUGCUGCCUGCAGUCUAGCUGCCAGCCCUCCUGCUGCACCUCCUCCCCCUGCCAGCAGGACUGCUGUGAGCCUGUGUGCUGCAGGCCUGUGUGCUGCAGGCCCGUGUGUUGCAGGCCUGUGUGCUGCAGGCCCGUGUGCUGCACGCCUGUCUGCUGCAGGCCCGUGUGCUGCAGGCCCGUGUGCUGUGAGCCCACCCCCUGCCCCUCGUCCUGCUGCAGACCCUCCUCCUCUGUCUCCCUGCUCUGCCGCCCCGUGUGCAGACCCGCCUGCUGUGCCCCCGCCCCCUGCCAGCCCAGCUGCUGCCGCCCGGCCUCCUGCGUGUCCCUGCUCUGCCGCCCCAGGUGCUCCCGCUCGGCCUGCUGUGUCCCCAACUCGGCCUAGAAGUCCGGCUGCUGACCGGCUGGUCUGCCGGCCUCUCUCCAGCUGUUGUCUUUGACCCUGAGCCCAGCUGUCCUCUCUCAGGAGCCCCGGAGCCUCUCUGCUGGCGCCAGGACCUCCCCUCUCUCGUGGGUGGACACACAGCUGAUGCCUAGAGGGGACUUGAACAUGCCGCCCACAAACCCCUCAGCUGGGGGGACUGCUGGCCCUGGGAGCCCUCCUCUGCAGGGUUAGGUGCUUGUAUUUCAUGUGUCAAAGGUCAACUGCCAUCAUCAAUAAAAUGUUUGUGUGG